AUGUCCGAAGUUGAACAGGAAAAGAAGGUCACCAAGCACCGAGACAUCGAUGCUGAACACGCCGCCGAGAGCGGGCCCAAGCACGCUCUCGUCGACAUGAGCACCAUCGAGCUCAAGGCCGAGGACCUUUACGACAAGGCCAAGGUCGACAUUGAGGCUAUCGAGCUCGAGGAUGUCUGGACCCUACUCCAGUGCAACGAAGGUGGUCUCACCGAAGAGGAGUGCGCCCGUCGUCGUGGCAUCUUCGGUCCCAACAAGAUUGAGACCGAGGAGCCCAACCCUAUCCUCCAGUUCUUGUCCUUCAUGUGGAACCCUCUCUCCUGGGUCAUGGAGGGUGCCGCUAUUGUCGCCAUUGCUCUUUCCAACGGUGAGGGCAAGGCUCCCGAUUGGCCAGACUUUGUCGGUAUUGUUCUUCUUCUCUUGAUCAACUCUACCAUCGGUUUCAUCGAGGAGCGCAACGCCGGUAACGCCGUCAAGGCUCUUAUGGACUCUCUUGCCCCCAAGGCCAAGGCUAAGCGUGAUGGUAACUGGGUCGAGAUCGAGUCCGCUGAUCUCGUUCCCGGCGAUGUUAUCGCUUUCAAGCACGGUGAUAUUGUUCCUGGUGAUUGCCGUCUCUUUGACGCUAUCACCGUUUCGUGUGACCAGGCCAUGCUUACUGGUGAAUCGCUUCCCGUUAACAAGAAGGCCGGUGACCAGUGUUUCUCUGGUUCCAUCUGCAAGAUGGGUGAAGCCGAGGGUGUCGUCAUCUCCACUGGUGCCAACACUUUCUUCGGUCGUGCCGCUUCGCUCAUUGGCUCUGACGACGAGUCCACCGGUCACUUGCAGCAGGUUCUUUCCCGCAUCGGUCUUUUCUGCAUGGUCACCAUUGGUGUCUUCAUCGUCCUCGAGAUUCUUAUCCUCUACGCUGGCUUCCGUUACCGAUACCGCCGUGGUAUUGACAACAUCCUUGUCCUCUUGAUCGGUGGUAUUCCCAUUGCCAUGCCCUGUGUGCUUUCCGUUACCCUUGCUGUCGGUGCUCAGCAGCUCGCCAAGCACAAGGCCAUUGUUACCCGUAUCACUGCCAUCGAGGAGCUUGCCGGUGUCGACAUUCUCUGCUCCGACAAGACCGGUACCCUCACCACCAACAAGCUUACCAUCGACCUCGAGCUCGUCAAGCUCUACUCGGACUGGGCCGGUGUCCAGGAUGUCAUCCGAUUCGCUGCCUACGCUUCGCGUGUUGAGAACCAGGAUGCUAUCGACGGCACCAUUGUUGGCACCCUCAAGGACCCCGCUGAGGCUCGUGCUGGUAUCAAGCUCCUCGAUUUCAAGCCCUUCGACCCUGUUGCCAAGCGUACCGAGAUCACCUAUCUCGAGGAGUCGACCGGCAAGAUGAAGCGUGUUACCAAGGGUAUGACCUCUGUUAUCAUCGACCUCUGCAAGCGCAACAAGACCGAUGCUCAGGAGACCGCUCUUGAAAACGACGUCGAGGAGUUCGCCAACCGUGGUCUUCGUGGUCUUGCCGUCGCUUUCGAGGAGGUUCCCUCCGGCGAGGUCGAGGCUGAGGGUAACGGUUUCGAGCUUCUUGGUCUUCUUGCUAUCUUCGACCCUCCCCGUCACGACACCAAGGAGACUCUCGACAACGCCCAGGCCCUUGGUGUUCGCGUCAAGAUGGUCACUGGUGACCAGCUUGCUAUCGCCAAGGAGACCGGUCGUCGUCUUGGUCUUGGUGACCGCAUGUUCAACUCCAAGGUUCUCGUUGACAACGCUCUUCCCCCUGGUUCUCCUUACAAGUCGCUCGACGAGAUGAUUCUCGAUGUCGAUGGUUUCGCCGGUGUCUUCCCCGAGCACAAGUACGAGAUCGUCAAGCGUCUCCAGGGUCUUGGUCACUUGACUGCCAUGACUGGUGACGGUGCCAACGAUGCUCCCGCUCUUGCCCGUGCCAACGUUGGUGUUGCCGUCGAGGGCGCUACCGACGCUGCCCGUGGUGCUGCCGACAUUGUGCUCACCGAGCCUGGUCUUUCCACCAUUGUUGAGGCUAUCCGUCAGUCGCGUAUCAUUUUCGGUCGUAUGAAGAACUACGCUGCCUACGCCGCCGCCAUCACUAUCCGUGUCGUCGUUGGUUUCGCUCUCCUUGCCUUUAUCUGGAAGUCCGAUUUCCCUCCCUUCAUGGUUCUUAUCAUUGCCUUCUUGAACGACGGUUCCAUCAUGACCCUCUCGCUCGACACUGUUAAGCCCGCUCUUGAGCCCCAGCACUGGGACCUUACCGAGCUCUUCUUCUGCGGUUCGCUCUACGGUCUUUAUCAGGUUGCUUCGACCCUUGCACUUUACGCCGUCAUCUACGAGACCACCUUCUUCGAGGAUACCUUCGGCGUUACCCCUCUUCACGGUAACCCCAACGACCCUCGCAUCCACAUGAUUAUCUACCUCCAGGUCGCCAUUCUCGCUCAGGCUCUUAUCUUCGUUACCCGUUCGCACGGCUUCUCGUGGAUGGAGCGCCCCUCGUUCGCUCUUAUGGGUGCCUUCUGCCUUGCUCAGCUCAUCUCUUCGAUCAUUGCUGCUUACGGGAACUGGGGCUUCACCAACGUUCGUGCCAUCGAAGGUGGCUGGAUCGGCAUUGUCUGGGUCUGGAACAUCAUCUGGUACUUCCCCAUGGACUUGGUCAAGUUCUUUGCCAAGUUCUUGCUCAAGAGCAUCCGCUCCAAGAAGACCCCCGCCGCUGCCCACGAGAGCCUCAGCCGCACCACCUCGCGCGCCGAGAGCAUGUACUCGAACCGAACUUCGUUCCUCAAGCGUGCUCAGCGCAAGGCUGGCUUCGGUGGUCAGAAGGUCCACAUGUCGAGCACCGAGCUCCAGCGUCUUGGAAGUAUCCAGGCCCAGGAGGCCUCGCGACGUCUCUCCAAGACCCAGUAA